UCUCACUAGAUUUUUCUUUGGAUGCUCUCGCUUCUUGUUCAAACUCUUGUAGCUUUUGACGUUCAGCCUCACCGGCUUCACAAGCGCCACCAGAAGCACUUAUCCUGGUGGCUUUUUCGAUAAUGUCCAAUUCGAUCGUUGACUGCGAUUGGUUCGACUCGUCGAGAUCCUGCGGUGUGCUGGUGGACGCUUCUGUCUGACUUGUCGGCGGCUGUGGUCGGCUUUCUUCUGCGUCGUCCACAUCAGGGCCUGUUGACUGCAUGAUUAUUAGAACCAACCACCAACCACCACCAACAGAACGCCCACCCCACACUGCUGGAAGGAAGACGCCAUGCCGCUUUCGGUCCAAGAUCACUAUACCAAAUACGUGACCAGCGGAGGCGAUGGUCCGACGGUGUUGAAGGAUCGUGCUGCAUCAUUGGGAUACGAAGCCGAGUGGCUUCGGUCGUUGGAUGAUCCCUCUAUGUUUCAAGCAUCGUGUGGCAGCGGAUGCCCUCUCCGUCUUCCGGGAGGAUGUCCCACGCAAGAUGCACUUGUAAUGGAUUUGGGUUGCGGAGCUGGUCACGAUGUUCUAUUGGCAGCUGCGUUGGUAGCAGCAAAAGAAAAUGCCAAAGUGGUGGGAGUAGAUUUCACUCCAGCUAUGCUCGAAGCAGCCAGAACUAACCUAACCAAGCACCCCACACUGGAGCCUCUUGUUGAAUUGGUCGAGGCUAGUUUGGAAGACAACGAAAACAACUUGGCAAAGUACCAUGGCAAAGUGGACCUGGUUAUUUCCAACGGGGUCUUUAACCUCUGUCGAGACAAAGCCAAGGCAUUUACGAGUGUCUAUAAGCUUCUAAAACCGGGUGGCAGGUUCGUCUUUUCCGAUGUCAUGAGCGUGGAUCGCGACCCGAAUGCCCAAAUUGCCACAUCUAUCAAUGGAGAUGUCUUUAGCAGCUGAAUAUCGGGGUGUGAGAGGGUGGACAAGUAUAUCCAAGACCUCUUACCCAACGCUGGAUUUGCCAGCACAGUAUUUCAUGGGUACACAUCCUUCUGGACGUCACCAUCGACAAGGGGAGGGAACUUUUCGGCAUACAAGCCAAACGAGGGAGCAUAAAACAUGACGCAAGCAUGUGACAGGCAUACAAAAUUGCAAGCAAAAAGGAAUCCAUCAUGAUACUGGUACGAAUGACGGAAAGAAUGGCAAGGCGAUGAAGAAACCAAGUCCAUCUCUCCUGAAAGUACUUUUAGUGGUGGGUCUUCUCACGUGUUUGGCUAGUAGCUAGCUAAUACCUGCCGUGCCUUGCCGUAGGAAUCGAAUCUAGCAUGCCUAAUAGUUUAGUGGCAUUGCCCGUAUAUAGUUUUGGCCGUGAUGCCACCCAUGGUGUCCUCGUAGCCGAGUGUUGUACAGG